AUGAGUGGCAUGGGAGAAAUCGAUGCAAGAGAGAUUGCUCUUGUAAUGCAGCGCAAGUGUGGCUUGGGAGAAUGGUCAUACUUGUUCGCCAUACUCGGUGCUGGAAUUGUAUUGCGUGUGUUGGAUAAUUAUGAGUUGGGUAAGUCUCUUGUUUCCAAGUGUGGUUUUGGGAGAAUGGUGGUCACUACUAGGCAGCUCAUUGAAGGUGAGGAUUACUUUGGAGCUGUUAAGGUGAAGAAUCUACCUUGGGCUGAACCUACAGAGAACUCAGAGUAA